AAGGCCAGAACAAGAACACGAAAAGGACACUUCAGAGAAACUUUGACACCAAAAGAUGGCUCACAUAGCUGUUGAGAGGAACAGGAGAAGGCAAAUGAACGAGCAUCUCAGGGCUUUACGCUCUUUGACUCCAUGCUUCUAUGUUAAGAGGGGUGACCAAGCAUCAAUCAUAGGAGGAGUAAUAGAAUACAUCAAGGAAUUGCACCAGGUUCUUCAAUCUUUGGAGUCCAAGAAGAGAAGAAAGAGCUUAAGCCCUAGCCCUAGUCCUAGUCCAAGGCAACUACAAGUACUAACUCCUCCCCCUCUUCCUCCUCCUACUCCUGAAAGUCCUUUUGGGCUUGAAAAUGUUAAGGAACUUGGCGCGAGCUGCAAUUCUCAUGUUGCAGAUGUUGAGGCCAAGAUCUCCGGUUCCAACGUUAUUCUUAAAACAAUAUCUAAGAGAAUUCCUGGACAAAUUGUGAAAAUAAUCAGUCUCUUGGAGAAACUUGGAUUUGAGAUCCUCCAUAUCAGCAUCAGUAGCAUGGAAGACACUGUCUUAUACUCAUUUGUCAUUAAGAUUGGGCUCGAAUGCCAGCUUAGUGUGGAGGAUCUAGUUGUUGAAGUUCAACAGAGUUUCUGAAGAUGUUAUUUGCAUGAAUAAGAUAGCUUCGUAAGAUUGAUCAAGCAAUUGUGCUAAUGAGAAAUUCUAUUAUACUUCAAAAGUAGAGACAAUUUAUUUAAUGUGGGUACUUAAGAUAUUAAGUGGUGACAAAAUUUAUUUUUCUGUUCAUGGAUAUCCGAAGCUGAGCAUGGCCUUUUCGCAAGGAUGUUAAGCAGAAGAGAAAUGCAGAUCACGUAGCUCUUAUCCUCUUUCUUUUCUUCCUAAUAAUUGGUAGGAGUAUAGAAAAUCUGCUUCAAGGCAUCUGCUGCAAUGACUAAGAGAAAAGCAUCUUCCUAUUGAGGUUCUAAUACCAUGAAAAUUGAAGAUUAUCAUAAAUGGUCACAAAGAUUAUUGCACUGGUUAGGGUUCCUAUGGCAAAGCUAUAUACUCAGACUUGGAUAAGUCAUAGUUAUUAUGGAAACUAUAUGUAAUAACACAAAA